UGCCAGGGCCAGCAUCCAGCCAUGAAACAGUUUGUGUCGAGCAAGUUGAGUGAUUGAACUGGAUUGGUUCUGCCCAUUUCCAUCAUCUCAUAAAAUUACUUCCUAUACAAUAGGCUGGACAAAUCAUGUACAGUACUUGCCUGCAUAGCACAAGUUGUACUAAAGCUGCUCCAGCCUAUUCGUGUGUCGCCUGAUGCAUACAUGCUUGAAGCGGGGUUACUGCCCUAGUCGCAUGCGACUUGACCAGGGUUAGCUCGGCGCCAUCAUCGAUCGGAUGCCUCGCGCUGGCCUCCCGCCAACGCUGGUUGAGCGCUUGCAGCUGCGCCGGUGCGCAUGCGGCGAGCUGCUGUCACCACCUAGGCAGCCCAGAUGUCUGCAGCCGAACGCGAGGGCACUGCCAGUGCCGCUCUCACGACUCUGCGGCAGAAGCUAUCUGUUGACCCGCACGACUUCCGCCCGCGCUUCCACUCUCCUGCGUCUCACCGCUCACGCCACGCCCGACGGAGCGCCGCCAACUCAUGGCCGGCCUGGCAGCAGCUCGGUAGCUCGCGAUCGCGCCGGCGCUCAUACCCCCACGAGCCAGCGCGACCGCCGCGAAGCAGCUGGUGCUACCAAACAGGCACCGGGCUCAGGGGCUCCGGCUGGGAUGCGAGAUGGCGCCGGCCCCGGACCCGGUGCCAGAGGCCAGCCUGCGGGCGGCAAUCCAGGGCAAGGGCAAGCUCAGGGGCGGGGGCGGGGGCGCGGGCCGGGGCCGCAGCAAUCAGUGUAUCAGGGCCAGCGACAGGACUGGCAGCAGCUGCAGCAGCAGCAGCAGCAGCAGCAGCAGCAGCAGCCGCAGCAAGCCUGGCGUCCGCCUCCUCGUGCCCCUGAGGGUGCGGGCGGCAACAGCAGCGGCCGCAAUAACAGCGAUGGCGCUGGCACAGGCGGGGGAGGCAGGAGCAGCGGUGGUAGCAGAAGCUGGAGGGGGCGGGACAGGGCGGGGGCCCCUGCUCCUGAGGGCAGCAACGCCUCUGGACAGCCGUUUCGUGAGGCGCGAGACGGUGGGCCGACCUCCUUCGGGGGGCGCGGCGGAGCGGGGCGCGGCGGCGGCAGCGGCGGUGGCGGCGCAGGCAGCGGUAGUAGGGAAGGCGGCAGCAGCGGCGGCGGCAGCAGCGGCGGCGCAGGUCGCGGCAGGGAUGGCUGGGGUGGACGCGGCAGCAGAGGCGGCGGCAGCGGCGCCAUUGGUGGUGGCGAAACCGGCGGCGGCGGCAGGGGCACUUGGCAGGUACGAGGCCAGCCGCAGUCUUCGAGCCGAGCCGAGGCCUUUGCCGGCGCCUCAAAGCCAGCCCCCAAUUCGCCACCGCUUCAGGCCGCUUCUAAUACCCAGGAUGCGGAGGCGCCGCCAGGAGCGGGUCGGGCGGUGCCGCCUGACGUGUCCUCGUUGCCCGCCUCCAGCCCAGAUCCGGCCCCUACGCCAGCUUCUGACCCGAGCGGUGUUGAUGACUUGCCGCGGGGCGCAGGGCCAGCAUCGCGGCCUGCACCCGCUGUCGUGGCCGCCCAUGUUCGCCGCAAGCCCCUGCGAAGCCGCUGGUUCGUGCCGCCCACCGCCCUCGACCACCCCAGCGGCCCUGCUGCUGCGGCUGCUGCUGCAGCCGCCGGCUACAAAGAUGAUGACUUGGACCUGGGGGCCAUCGACCACCAGCUGCUCGGCAGUAGCAGAACCAGCGGCAGCAGCAGCAGCACCGGCGCAGCGGGCGAGGGUGCGGCAGUAGCAGCGGAAGCGGGGAGCGCCCCCGCCGCGGCGGGCGGUGAGUCCCCAUGGGAGCCGGCGGGGUUGGAGUGGGGCGACGAGGUCAUGCAGGCCGCGCUGGAAGACAUUUAUGCUACUGCCGCCGCCGCCGCUGCCUCCAAAACGGCAGUAGCAGCAGGAGCAGGAGCGGCAGUAGCAGAAGCUCAGUUCAUGGGAAUGGGGAGGCGCAUGCCAGGGGCCGGCGUGGCGUUGGGGCGCACAGCCUGGGUCGAGGAGGAGGACUGGGGUGCGGAGGAGGAGGAGGUGGAGCAGCAGCCGCUGGGGCCGCUGGGGCCGGUGCAAGGGGAACUGUCGGCGUCGGACUUGGGUGCCGGGGCGGCGCCGGCGGAGCACGUGGACCAUGACGACAUGCAGCCCCUGGCGGCGCUGCGCCGCACCGGUGGCUUCUUCCGCACAAAAUCAGCGCUGCUACAGCCGCUGCGCGCCGCCGCCCGCCUGCGGCACCCCGGUGCUACAGCCGUCACGCUUGGGCGGCUGCACGGCUUGGGGGCGGCCCACACCAAUGAGGCCGCGACGCUGGAGUCCCUGCGCCUCACGCCGCCACCGCUGCCGCUCCGCGCCGGCAGUAGCAGCGGCGGGGGCGAUAUCAGCGGGUACAGCAGCAGCGGUUAUAUCCUUGGGCCGCCGGGGCUGACGUCAACAGCCGCUGCUGGAUCCAUGUCAGCAGCGCCGGGCGUGUCAGCUCCCCAGAGACAGCCGACAGUGGCGCCACUGCUGGCGGGGAAGCGUUACGACUAUCGCUACAGCGUGGGGGCGCGGGGGCAGGUGAUUGACACGAACCGUGUCGCGCACAUGCGCGCCGCCGCCUCCCUGCCGCCGCGCCUACGCCGCCGCGUGCUGGGCUCCGCAGCUGGAACGGCGGCGGCGGCGGCGGCCGGUCUGAACGCAGCAACUUUGGAUCCAGAUUUCAGAGCCGGAUUCCAGGAGUUGGCGCUCGACCUGGAUCUGGAUUUGGACACGCGGGAUGGGGAGCCUCAAGGAGCAGCUUCAAGCCUGGUGAUGCCGUGGGAUGAGGACGAAACGGAGGAGGAGGAAGAAGGCGAAGGGGGCGAGCUGGAUCCGUUUGAUCCCGACUCACAGCUGGAGCAGUCGGAUCUCGAUUUGGAUUCGGACCUGGAUCUGGAAGAUCCUGGCAUCGAUGAGGAGGGCGAGGAGGACGAGGCUGAGGAUGCUGACGAGGCUGAGGGCGAGGGGGAGGAUGAGGAGGACGCGGCGCUGUUUGAGGAGCUCCGCCGUCUGGAGCAGGAGUUCGAUGAAGAACUGUUUGGCGGCAGUAGCAGCAGAAGACGCCAUGGCAGUAGCAGCCGCAGCAGCAGCCGCAGCCGGCGCAGUGGCGGCAGUAGCAGCGGCAGCAGCAGGCAGCAGGGCCAGCGGCCGGCAGAGGCAGUUGCGGCGGCGUUGAUGCCGCCGGAGGGCAAGGAGGCGGUGGAGGCGGAGGAGGAAGUAGGCUGGCGCUGGUUGGAGGGCAAAGACGAGGAGGCAGCGGCGCUGGCCAGUGGCAUUGCUGCUUCCGCCUCCCGCGCGUCCUCCGCCGCCGCCUCAGCCGCCGCCGCCACCUCCGCCGCCUCCGGUGGAAAUGACAACGAUUAUGACAGCGACGACAGUGAUCUGGAUCUGGAUCUGGAUGAUGACCUCAUCGGAGAUGACGUGGACCUCGGAGAUGAGGACGUGGACGCGCUGCUGCAGCGGCUGCUCAGCGAGGAAGAUGAUCAUGAUGAGGAGGGGGAGGAGCAGGAGCAGGAGGACGAAGACGAGGGCGAGGACGAGGGGCAGGGCGGGGGAGGGGAAGGGGAAGGGAGGGGAAAAGCAGGCAGUGCGCGCAGCCGAAGCCGAAGCCGCGGCACGGCGGCCUCCCAAACCAGCCUGCCGCCCAUGCAGCGGCAGCAGCAGCCGCAGGAGGGGGAGGAGGAAGCAGACGGGCUAGCAUCAGGAGCAGCAGCAGCAGCCGUGCCGCACACGGGCCCGCUGCCGGAGUGGCGCUCGCGGCGCGGCGAGGCGGCGGCGCUGGAGUGGCAGGCGGACACCGCAGCUGACGUGGUGGCGGCGCGGCGGGCGGCGGCGGCGGUCUUCGAUGAUGUCGCGGCUGUUGGUGAGGGAGCGGCGCUGGCCGUGCUGGCAGCCGCGGCCAAUGAGGGCACAGGUGCAGGCGCGGGUGCAGGCGCGAUGGCGGGGCAAGCGGCGUGGCCGCAGCAGGCGCGGGACAGCGGACUUGCAGCCAACGGACCUGCGUUGUCGGCGGCGGCUAGCAGUGGCCGCCGCCGUCACGACAGGGUUGGCGAUGGAGGCGCCGGCAGUGGUGGUAGCGGUGCUGGGGGCGGCUACAGCCAGCCGCCGGACGUGCCCCCCGCCUUCUUCUUCCAACCAGCUGUAGCACAGGGAGCGGGUGGCCCGCAGAGGGCUGCGGCACUUGGGUCCCGGGCAGUGACGGCAGCGGCGGCAGGGCGGCGGGGCGGCAGCGCCGCCGCUGCUGCCGCGGCUGGGGCAACGGUGAGGCGUGAAGCCGGCCGCUACCUGCCGCCUCCGCCUGGGGAGGAGUGGCAGGAGGUGGGCGGGCGGGCGGCAGUGUCGGUCAGCGUCGUGUCAGGCACAGCUGGCGGCGGCGGCGGCGGCGUGGGAGCGGCGGUACCGGCUACAGGCACCGCGGCUCCAGGCGCGGCGGCGGUUCCGCUGCGCGCGUUCUUGUACUGCCUCAGUCGCAAGGAGGUGUACGACGCGCUGUGGCGGCUGGAUCUGACUCAGCGCCUGGUGUUCGUGUCGCGACUGAGCCAAGCAGACGUGGUGCUGCACAGGACGCCCGCGCCCGGCGAGCGGCAGUUUGCGCUGGAGCAGCUGCGGCUGGGUGCCCGGGGCGCGCGCAUCCCCUUCGUGUCGGUGGCGAGCGCCAGCGAGGCAGAGCUGGCGCCGCGUCUGACGGCGCUGAUGCGGCGUGUGGACCGGCUAGCUGCGGAGCUGGAGGGGGCGCAGCAGCAGCGGCGGCGACAAGAACGGCAGUAGCAGCAGUAGUGGCUGUGGCAGCGGCAGCAGGGGCUGUAGCAGUACAGACGCGGACAGGCGUGUUGCCGCGAUAACGGAGAUGUGGGCUGGCAGCAGGAGCAGUUGUGGAAAAGCGAAAGGAGAGGAAGUACCGGACGACGGCGCGUGUCCCAUACUUUACCAAGAUAUGUUUGCUGGCACCAGAUGGAGAUGGAGAUUCAAAGGGCAGGAUGUUGCUCUUGUGUUCAUGUCAUCACGUGUAUCGGCGCGUCCGUAGUGCAGCUGAAUACGUGCUGACAGGUCCGUGUCUGACAGCAUGCCUUUAAUGUGAACUUGGCGCUCCGCUCUGGGGGCGGCGCCGGGGUAAGAAACCGUGGGUGGAAACUGACGCAACCCUUUAAGCC